CUAAUCCAGGACCUUUGUACUGCACUCUCAACUGCCCAUCCGGCCUGCUUUGGGUUCCUAAACGAAGAUGGACACCGCUUCGUAGUAUACCCAGACUCUCAAACGUCGACUAUAGCUAGCGGCGCAGUAAUUACUCUAGACAAGCUCCUCCACCCCCUAACCCGCCGCAAGCGCUACUUUCUCGCGCUUACUAUCGCCUCCUGGUUUCUCCGGCUUGGCUGCACCCCCUGGCUUCGCUCCCCUCUAAAGGUGAAUGUCGUAUUCCUCCAGGAUGCAGCACCUUCAGGGUCAUCAGGACUCGGUCAGCCGUACAUUCGCGGUGAACUAUCCAAGCAUUCCUCUAGACCCGCGACGGAUGCCACAUCGUGCCUUGCCCUCCAAUGGAGCAAAGAGGUGGGCGAAGAAGCCGGCCCCGACUUCGCCGAAGUAAUUGAGUGGUGUCUUCGCGCAAAGAGCCUCAAUGAUCAGAGUUGGAGAAAAGAAAUGUGGAGCAACGUCAUCGUUCCUCUCGACGCUUGCCACAAGCAAGUAACGCAGAGGCCU